AUGUCUAUCUCACCUAUUAUUACAUUUAAGGCGGGGAAGUGUGAUCUUGAUACAUCAAGUAAACCUCAUAAAGUCAAGCCUGACCCAACUCCUGGUUAUAUCUAUCUUUGGGCUGAAGAUGGACUUAUGCAUUUUCAAUGGCGCGAAAGAAGUAAACCUAUGGAUGCUGAGGACAACCUCGAUUUGAUAGUGCCACCAGCGGAUGCCAUCUUUCAACCUUACGAUUCCAAACAAACUGAUGAAGCAACCGCCAAAACCAAUGGUCGCAUACUCGUUUUCAAGUUCUUAUCCUCUUCUCAAAGAUAUCUUUUCUGGAUGCAAUCAAAACCUCAAGCGCGAAAUGGAGAUCCAAGUUGGUUCAGUCCCCGAGACUUGAAGAUUGGACAAAUUGUGAAUACAUUGUUGCAAGGAGAGGAGGUCAAUGUUGAACAAGAAAUCGCACAAGUUAGAGGGGCUGAUGGAGGAGACGAUGAUCAGGACGAAACGAUGGAGGAUGUUGAAGGCCAUGGUAAUUCAUCCGAACAUCAAGGUGGAAGUGGAGGAGCUGGAGCAAAUGCAACUGGUGGGGAUGUUAGAGAAGAAGGCGCAAGCUCAAGGGAGGCUGGAGCUGAUGGUGGAAGAGCGUAG